AUGUUGAGGCGUCAAAUAAAGAAACAAGAUCAGAUAACAAGAAAGGUAAUGUGCCUUCCAAGCUUGAAAAGGUUCUCCUUUCGUUAUAAAAUAGGUCAUAAAAUCCAAAACAUCAAUGAAAAGUUACUUAAGAUCAAUACAGAAGCAGACAGUUUAGGACUACAAGAUGAACACCCUGCAGGCCCUGUUCUAGAUCAUCUCUAUUGGAGAGAGACUGUUCCAAAUCAAGAAGAAUUUAAAAUUGUUGGGAGGGAUAAUGAUAAACUCCAUAUCAUUGAACUUUUAACCCAAUCAAGAAAAGAAGAAAAGCUUAGCAUUGUUCCCAUUGUGGGAAUGGGCGAGAUUGGGAAGACCACUUUGGCUAAGUCGGUCUACAAUGAUAAAAAGAUCGAGCAACAUUUUGAUGUUAAAGCAUGGUUGUGUGUGUCGGUUAAGGUUGACAUCAAUACACUUCUUGCCAAGAUCUACGAAUCUCUUGACAAAAAGAAACCUACCUCGGACUUAAGGACCAAUUUAAUUGGAAGUCUUAACGAGCAAUUGACAUCAAAAAGAUAUUUGCUCGUCUUAGAUGACGUUUGGAUCGAAAAAAGGCCAUACUGGGAAGAGUUUAGGAGUUGUAUGCUAAAUGUAAGCUCACAAAAUGGAAGUGGCAUUCUUGUCACUACACGGAAGCUUGAAAUCGGAACUCAUGAUAUGCACAUGGAUUCAUGCCUUUUAAAAGGUCUUUCCGAUGAUCAUUGUUGCGACAUCUUCAGAGAAAGAGUGUUUGUGGCAGGCACAUCAUCCUCUCUAGAACUGGAGGAGAUAGGCCAUGAGAUUGUAAAAAAAUGUGGUGGUUUACCAUUGCUAUUAAAUGUAAUAGGUGGCAUGUUGGCACAUUACAGUGACAUAGAGAAGUGGUUGGCCAUCAAAAAUAGCAAAGUUUUGGAUCUGGAAGAAGAAAGGGAUAGAGUUCAAAAGAGUUUGGAACUGAGCUUUGAUAAUCUCCCCAAUUCUAUCGUCAAGCAAUGUUUUGUAUAUUGUUCCAUCUUUAAGAAAGAUACGGUCAUGGAAAGGGAAGAAUUGGUCCGGAUUUGGAUGGCUUUAAGGUUGGUUCAAGCGGAUGAGGAAAGAAACAAGGAGAUGGAGGAUGUGGGGAAUGAUAUUUUUCAAAUUUUGGUCAGCAAUUCGUUGUUCCAAGAUGUUGAAAGGGAUGAGUAUGGUCACAUCACUCGUUGUAGCAUGCACGAUCUGGUGCAUGAUCUUUCAUUAUUACUUUCAAAACAUGAAAGCCUAUGUCUGGAGGAUGCGACAAAUGAUGAUAUUGCAUGUAUGCCUCAGGUUAAACAUCUUGCCUUUUACCAAAAACAGAACAUUAAACUGGUAGCAGAGGUUUCUAUGUUCAUUGAAAGGAAUACAGAGGCUAGAACUUUGCAUACAUUGUUCAUCGAAGGUGAAGUUGAUAUGAAAUUUCCAUUUCAACGAUUAAAGUGCAUACGAAUCCUACAACUCAAAUGUUAUUUAAUACGGGAGUUAGACGAUUCAAUUGGAAGGUUGGUGCAUCUCAGGUAUCUGGAUUUGGCAUAUACGAAAAUCCGUGUUCUUCCUGAAUCUAUUGGUAAAUUAUACCACUUGCAAACUCUAAAAUUGUCUGACGACAUUGAGCAGUUUCCAGAAGCCAUAAGAAAUUUGAUAAGCCUGCGAUAUUUCCAGUGUGACAAAAACAUUCCUGCCAAUAUCGUAGGACAACUGACUUCUCUUCAAACUUUGCCUUGCUUCAUAUUGCUUAGAAGGAAGAGACAUGGUAUAGAAGAGCUACGCCAUUUGAAUAACCUUAGUGGAAGGCUUUGUAUCUCCAAACUAGAGAAUGUUAGGAGCAAAGAGGAUGCUUUCAAGGCAGACUUAUCCAGAAAGAAAAAUUUAUACGAGAUCGAAUUGGAAUGGAGUCGGGACCGUGGAGGUGCCAACAAAAACGAGAAGGAUGUAUUAGAAGGUUUGCAACCCCCUAGAGAUGUAAAAGAAUUGGAAAUUACAAGAUUUUAUGGUGAUAAUUUUCCAGAAUGGGUAAUGAAGAUGGCAAUCGAUAUCGAAGGGAAAUGGACGCCCCUUGACAAGCUCGUGUCAAUCACAUUAUAUGACUGUAGGAGCUGCCUCUCUCUUCCGACGCUUGAGCACCUACCACAUCUUCAGAAUCUUCUGUUAAUACAAAUGGACAGCUUGACAUGCUUAAGGAGUUCCGAUGUUAUCGGGUCAACGAAACCUUUGUCUCUAUCGUUGAGAUCGCUCGGACUGUAUUUUUUGGAAAGACUGGAAAAGUGGAUAGACGGAGAACCCAACAGCUCAAAAACGAUAUCGCCUGUCCUCGAGAAGUUGGAUAUUUAUGUUUGCCCAAAGAUUAUCUGCUUAGAUGAAUACCAUCCCCAUCCUCUUGUUUCCUUACGCAUAUCUCAGUGCACAGGUCUGGUGUCCAUUAAGAGCAUACAAGGCCUCACAUCUCUUGAAUGUUUAGAAAUUUUCAUGUGUCCCAGUCUUUCAGAUAUAACCAAUUUACCUAACCAGUGUCAUUCUUUGAAGACUUUGUCUAUUAACAAUUAUGACAAACUGACUUCCUUGCCUCACGGAAUGUUCAACUGUUUUGCCUUCUUAAAUGAGUUGACACUUGGUCCGUUCUCAAAGGAGCUCGAUUCUUUCCCGAGUCUCCAAGGCAUCGAGAAGUUAAGUAACCACCUUCAGUCGUUAGAAUUGAGAGGUUGGGAUCAUUGGGAGUUAAUGCCAGAAGAACUACAACACCUCACCUCACUGGCUUUGUUAUGCAUAAAUAGAUUCGGAAUAAAAGAACUGCCCAUGUGGUUAACCAACAUUUCAUCUAUCCGAAAAUUGAGGUUCAAUAAUUGCAAGGGGCUAAAUAAAGAAACAGUUAGACGGGGAGCGCCACGGGAAGCCACUGAUGUUAGACUAAAUUAUGGAAGAGUGUUAAUUAAUUAG